CAGUCCCUGGCUGGAAAUAGAAUGUCUGCAGGAGUUUUCAUAUAUCAUUGCGUGGGGUUCUGUUGCGCUUGGCGGAAUCGCUAGAUCGAUCGAUACAUAGAUCAUGGAGCGCGGUUCUAGUGGCAGGGCUCAGCGCAGAAUUGCGAGGAUUGGCAAACAGCUGGAGGCAUCAGAAGAAAAGAAUGCCGACCAAGGAUUGAUGAUGACGGAGACCAUGAGCGUUGGAUUGCCUGCGCUGGAUUUAUCGCGGGCAUUCCCCCAGGCCACUCCAGCAUCCAGCUUCCCUCCUUUAGUCUCUGAUUACUUCCAGCUCCAUGACCUUCUCUCCAAGGAGGAUCAAGAUCUGCGGAUGAGGGUGAGAACCGUCAUGGAGAAAGAAGUCGCACCGAUCAUGGCAGAGUACUGGGAGAAAGCGGAGUUUCCUUUCGAAAUCGUUCCCAAGAUGGCGAGUCUCAAUAUCGCUGGAGGUACAAUCCAGGGAUAUGGCUGUCCGGGAUUGUCUAUACUGGGAAGUGCUAUCGCUGCUGCCGAAGUUGCAAGGGUCGAUGCAAGCUGCUCUACAUUUAUUCUUGUUCAUUCCUCAUUGGCAAUGCUAACUAUCGCAAUGUGUGGAAGCGAGCAACAAAAGCAAAAGUAUCUCCCCCAGCUCGCCAAGCUCGACACCAUCGCUUGCUGGGCAUUGACAGAGCCCGAUUACGGUAGUGAUGCGAGCUCUCUGAGCACUACCGCAACAAAGGCUAAGGGAGGCUGGAUACUAAAUGGUCAGAAGAGAUGGAUUGGAAACAGUACAUUUGCAGAUGUUGCUGUCAUUUUUGCACGGAAUACGGAGACGAAUCAGAUCAACGGUUUCAUUGUAAGAAAGGGAACUCCAGGCUAUCGUGCAACAAAGAUCGAGAACAAAAUCGGGCUGAGGAUCGUCCAAAACGGGGACAUUGUCCUCAAGGACGCGUUCAUCCCGGACGACGAUCGUCUCCCCGGCAUAAACUCGUUCGCGGACACAAAUAAGGUUCUUGCAAUCUCCCGGAUCAUGGUAGCAUGGCAACCAAUCGGCGUGACAAUGGGAGUCUAUGAUAUGUGCCACAGGUACUUGCUCGAGAGGAAGCAAUUCGGAGCUCCACUGGCUUCUCUCCAGAUAAACCAGGAGAAGCUUGUCCAGAUGCUCGGGAACAUCCAGGCCAUGGCGCUUGUGGGAUGGCGGCUGUGCAAGCUCUACGAUAGCGGCAAGAUGACGCCAGGCCAAGCCAGUCUUGCCAAGUCUUGGAACACGAAGAGGGCGCGUGAGACUGUGGCGCUUGGACGAGAACUUCUGGGGGGCAAUGGAAUCUUGGUGGAUUUCCUCGUUGCCAAGGCAUUCUGUGACCUGGAACCAAUCUACACGUACGAAGGGACGUACGAAGUGAACGCUCUCGUGACUGGCCGCGAAGUCACCGGCAUUGCAAGCAUCAGGCCGAGGAAAGCGUGAUCUUGGCCAAAUCUCUUCACAAAAUAAAAGAUUAAUUAUUGCUAAUAAAAAGGGUAUAAUCUGUUGCCACGC